GGUAACGAACCCUUUUUUAGUUUUCAAUAUGUUUUAAGCAAGUACUGAAAAGUGCUCUCACAGUGUUAUGAGUAUUAUGAAAACAAUACUCAUAAUGAAGGGUUCAGAAUAGCUACGUAAUGGAUUUUUCAUCAGUAAGCUACCUGUAUAAAGAUGUACGGAAGACCUGCGGAUCGCAAAAUACUUUGUACUGAAAGCCUUUCUGCAAAGCUGUGACGCAUACUUGCGGUAAUGCUCUUGUAGUUACACAGUGAAGUGUGUAGACUUUAAAAAGAGUCCUUCGUCUGAUUUUAUAUGGCGAACGACGAAGGACUUUUCAUACUUGAUUGGUGCGGGUCGCUGCGCUUAGACCAAUCAAAGUAGCUCUUUAGGACCCUUGGGUAUAAAGUUGUCACUCACACGUAAGUAAGCGCCUUGUCCAUUGCGAAAGCGAUAAAAGAUGGCCUUAAGGCCACAGGAUAUUCAGAGGAAAACAAUGGAAGCAUAUCUGUCGGUUGUGUCUGCUCCAACCGAAGUUGGGGAAAGUCUAACUUUUGAGAUGGCUCCAUACGCUUUCGAUCGUUAAUUUGGCGAGGAUUGCGAUGCCAUCGUAUUGGUGAUUGUUCCGCUGAUUUCUCUUAUGAAAGAUCAGGUCUCAAACCCUCAAUUCCCAUCGCAUUAGAGCAUAUUUUGAAUCUGAAGGAAAAACUAGUGUACUGUCUUCCUCAGGGAAAUCUCCAAAAAACCCUCUUGUUUUGUUUCAUUAUUGGUCUGUCCGUGAGGGCAACGCCCAAUCCAAAAAUGGAGGCCGCCUCGUUUGUGCAGGAAAAAGACAAAAUGGCGGACGGAACUCCCAGAAGGUUUUGGGUGUCCCAUUCCCCCUUCAAAUGGGGUCGAUUUUUGCGGGGAGGGGACAGAUCAUUUCAGGUCGUUUGGCGAACAGAUUUGCAAGUCGAUUGAAACGAACACUAAUAUAAAUUACUGCAUGGAAUUAUUGGCCCCAUAUUUACGCCGAAUGAUUAUCUAAAUACAGUAUUAGAUGAUGUUGUUAGCCUGUUCGGGAGCUGGAGAAACAAUGCCCUCCCACGGUCCCCACCGGAAAAGCUUUCAGUUGUUGCAAUUCUCUCCCUGCGCGUGAAAAGUCUUUCCUUACGAGAAAAGAAUAAUUAUGCUAUUUGUAGAUCGCCCCGUCAAAUAGAAACGUAUUCACUUGGAUAGUUAGAAGACCUUUAAAUGCAAUAUCCAUAAAUGCAAUAUAAGUUGCUUUGCGAU